AUGGCCGUCUCAACCGACUACGUGAAUAUUUGCGGCAGCUGCCCCUCGGGCGAUGGCUGGGGCCCCUCCGUCACCACCGAGACGACGCUCGACGGCGUGCCCUAUGCGCCCUUCUCCAAGGGUGACAAGCUCGGCCGCAUGGCCGACUGGACCGCCGAGGGCAAGGACCGCGAGCGCGGCGGACGCAACCAGUACAACCGCAACUUCAGAGAUCAACAAGUCUACGGAUCCAGCCACGCCGUCACCUUCAACGCUCCUCCCGCCGAGGACGAGUCGACCUUUUCCGUCGUCAGCAACGCUCGCGACUCGACCAAGUCGAGAUACGGCCGCGGCGCCGUCUUCACCCGCGGCGGCCGGGGAGCCCGCGGGGGUGCCCGUGGCGACACCCGUGGCGGACGCGGCGGUCAGGCCGGCGGUCGCCAAGCUGGUGGCGGUCGCGGUGGCUACGGCGGUUACGACCGUGGCGGCCGUGGCGGCAACCAGCGCGGCGGCGGUGGCCGCCGCUUCGGCUGGCGCGACUACGACAAGCCGCAGCGCAACCGCGACGCGAGCAUCAACAUCAAGGCCGACUGGGCGCUGCUCGAGGAGAUUGACUACAACCGCCUGGGCAAGCUGAACCUGGAAACGGACGCGGGCGAGGACCUCGAGGACUACGGCUUCCUGUACCACUACGACCGCACCUACGACAAGCAGCCGGUCAAGGGCGCCGAGAAGAAGCUGACGGCGCUCGACCGCGCCGCGUACAACGUGACCACGUCGUCGGACCCCAUCAUCCAGAAGCUCGCCGACAAGGACGAGGCCACCAUCUUCGCCACCGACACCAUCCUGUCCAUGCUCAUGUGCUCGACGCGCUCCAUCUACCCCUGGGACAUUGUCAUCACCCGGCAGGGCCGCAAGCUGUUCCUCGACAAGCGCGACAACGCGUCCCUCGACAUGGUGACGGUGAAUGAGAACGCCAUUGACGCGCCGCUCGAUGCCGCCGACGGCGGCCGCGAGGUCAUGAACCAGCCGCCCGCGCUCGCCGAGGAGGCCACGUACAUCAACCACAACUUUGUCAACCAGGUCGUGACGGAGAGCGAGACGGCGCGCGUGGCCAUGGCCCACGAGAACCCGUUCUACAACGCCUCCGAGGACACGGACCCGCCCGCAUCCCGCGCCUACAAGUACCGCCGCUUCGACCUGUCCACCAACGACGAGGAGCCCGUCUACCUCGUCGUCCGUACCGAGGUCGACGCCGUCCAGAAGAACGCCAUCAGCGGCGAGGACCAGCACAUGACAAUCCGCGCGCUCAACGAGUUUGACAGCCGCGCCCAGGGCAGCGGUGGCGCGCUCGACUGGCGCGCCAAGCUCGUCUCGCAGCGCGGUGCCGUCGUUGCCACUGAGAUGAAGAACAACUCGUGCAAGCUGGCGCGCUGGACGGUGCAGAGCAUUCUGUCCAAGUCGGAUAUUAUGAAGAUUGGCUUCGUCUCGCGUGUCAACCCCCGCGCCAACGACAAGCACGUCAUUCUCGGCGUCAUUGGCUGGAAGCCCCGUGACUUUGCCGCGCAGAUGAACCUGUCCCUGUCCAACGGCUGGGGCAUCGUCCGCACCAUUGCCGACAUGUGCCUGAAGCACGAGGGCGGCGACGGCAAGUUUGUCCUGCUCAAGGACCCCAACAAGUCCAUCCUGCGCCUGUACGACGUCCCGGCCGGCAGCCUGGACGAGGACGAGGAAGACGAGGAGGAAGAGGCCGGCGAGGACGCCGAGGAGAAUGACGAGUAA